CUAACCCAAUUUUCCUGACAAAGUUCAAAACUACAACAUUAUAAUCGUCGUUUCUUCUUCCUCCUCCAUCUAGAAUCAAAAGCGCCAAGCUAGAGAUUUAACCAACUUGGAUUACAUGGCCUUGAGUGAUUCACAGCCUCACAAAAGAUCUGACCGGCAUGAAACAUACAGACCAACUCAAGAUAUCGUAAUUUUUAUGGUGUUUGUAGCUAUUUCAGUAGCUGUGACAUUUGCUAUGGGUUUCACAUGCACAAAGUUUUACAUGAGUUCUGCUCCAGAUUUAGACAUCACAGGUUUGGUCAAGAAAGCAGUAUUCAUGGUUUUUAUGUUUUGCAACAGCAUUACAAUGCUUGCAUCUGUUGCAACAGUAAUGCAUCUCAUUUGGGCAUACAAUCUAAGUGAAUUUGAACAGGUACAGACAGCUCUCAUACGAGCCAUGGCACUUGUCACAGUUGCUCUUAUAUCUAUAUCGGUUGCAUUUGUGGUCGGAUGUUGUCUUGUGGUAAUCCUUCUCCCAUGGAGUACCUAUUUCAUAUAAGCCUGAUUACAUCCAGUGUUUUACCGCAUAUUUUAAUUAA